UUGCCCCACGUCAGCAGCGGAGGCUCCGCGGCCUGCGUUUACUCCAACGCCGCUGACGUAACGUCAUCUUGCGGGACGUGGACGGAAGAAAAAGGAGAGUAAGCCGGCGCCGGAGUCUGCCCGGCGUGGAGUGCGGACCAGGCGGCGGGGCCGGGCAGUGAGGUCUGGCGGCGGCGUGAAGCAGAUACUUUGAUCAUUGACCACAUCGCAGCAUGUUGAGUCAAGUCUACUGCUCCGGGUCCCAGCCCUUCCGCCAGCGUCUCCUGCCCUGGGUCCAAUCCACAGCCCUCUCCAGAUCUCAUCGUGUCCAGCCUUCAGCCAUCAGACAUGUUCGUUCUUGGAGCAACAUCCCCUUUAUCACUGUACCCCUCAAUCGUACACAUGGCAAGUCUUUUGCCCACCGCAGUGAGCUGAAGCAUGCCAAGAGAAUCGUGGUGAAACUCGGAAGUGCUGUAGUAACCCGGGGGGAUGAGUGUGGCCUUGCCCUGGGGCGCCUCGCAUCUAUUGUUGAGCAGGUGUCAGUGCUCCAGAAUCAAGGCCGAGAGAUGAUGCUGGUGACCAGUGGAGCCGUAGCCUUUGGCAAGCAGCGCUUGCGCCAUGAGAUCCUUCUGUCUCAGAGCGUCCGGCAGGCCCUGCACUCGGGGCAGAACCAGCUGAAAGAGAUGGCAAUUCCAGUCUUAGAAGCACGAGCCUGCGCAGCCGCCGGGCAGAGUGGACUGAUGGCCUUGUAUGAGGCCAUGUUUACCCAGUACAGCAUCUGUGCUGCCCAGUCUCCUCAUCUGAAAAAAGAAGAUAAUAUCAGUGCCUACUUGAGAGGGUUUUCGGAAGAAGUCAGUGAGAAAAUAUAG